AUGUUUCGUCCAGUUGCCGUGAGGACACUUUUCAGAACUUCUCAAAUUGUGAGCAAACGUGGUUACGCUGAAGCCGCAGAGGGCUUUUUGAAACUGCAAUUUGCCCUGCCACAUCAAACCCUGUAUGGAGGUUCUCAGGUCACCCAAGUGAACUUGCCAGCUCAAUCUGGUCAGAUUGGUGUUUUGGCUAACCACGUUCCCACCGUAGAACAAUUGGCUCCAGGCGUUGUCGAAGUUUUCGAGGGAAACUCGUCUAAGAAGUAUUUCGUGUCCGGUGGAUUUGCAACUGUUCAACCUGACUCCACGCUCUCUAUAACCUCCGCUGAGGCGUUCCCCUUGGAUUCUUUUUCUACAGAAAGCGUCAGGUCCUUACUCUCCGAAGCAGGUAAGGAUUUGUCGUCUUCCGACGAAAAAAUCGCAGCCGAGGCCGCUAUCAAGAUCGAAGUGCUAGAGGCUUUGCAAGCAGCUUUGAAAUAG